AAGUUAAAGGUGUCACCUGUUCAUUGGUCAUGCGUACUAGAAGCUUGCCACAAGCUAAGGCAAACCAAACGUCUGCCCUUGUACAGGAAUAAUUCAAAUGGAAGUCGAGAAGUGCAUUGCAGUCUGACCAAUUCUAUAUCCAUUUAUUAAGGGUGGUUGUCGAUAAUAUCAAUAUAAUAAGAGUCAAUCCACUGGACCCACCAGUAUGCUAUACUGGACGAAAAGCUAUAAGAUGCAGCGCGAAUUAUAUGAGAAAGAAAGAUGCCCAAAGAGUGAAAUGGCGUCACUUUGACUCGUGCUCAGUUUGUAAGCGAGAGAGACCAAUGCAUGAGCACAAGUACGCCCCGGGCGCGGCAAGGGGUGCGUGGUUGAAUCUCAUAACUAUCCAAAUUAACCAACUAGCAAUUAGUGUCAUUUGAAGUUUCUUGAGUAUGGCGAGCUUUCUCUCGCUUCCUUUCCUACUUUUGUGUAUUUUCACGAUUGUAAAGUCGCAAGGCCAAGAGGACUUCUCAAGGGAUGCCGUCUUCACGGCGACUAAAGAUGAAUACCUGGACCUCCUUGUCAUCAAGACCGUGACCGCCUCUUGUCCUUUCGACUGCAACCUGUACUGCCUAGCCGAACCUGACUGUCAAUCAACAAACUACCAUCCAUCAACGCGCAUUUGCGAGCUGUGUAACCACACCUUUACUUCCAGGCCUGGCUGUAAAGUCCACAAACCAGGCUACAUCCACUUCGACUCUGAUAAGAGAUCACUACCUCCCGACCCCUGCACUAAUGAGACGUGCAAGAAUGGUGGUACGUGCAGCAACACAUGCUCAGAAAAUCUGUGCGUUUGUCCAGCCAAUACUUCCGGCAUGCUCUGCGAGCGGUUCACAGGGGACGGUGCUCCUUCAUCGUGCAAGGAAGUUUAUGACAGAGGACUAAAAAAAGACGCAGCAUACAUUUUGAGCAUCGAGAGCAGAAGCGUAGAGAUCUACUGCCAUUUAACAGUGAUUGACGGCUGCGGCGAUGGGGGAUGGACGCUGGCCAUGAAAGCCGACGGUGCAAAGGCCACAUUCCAAUACGAGUCCUCUCUCUGGACCAACAAGCUCGCCUACAACCUCUCGGCCGGUCUGACGGGCUUCGAUAACCAAGAGACCAAGCUCCCCAGCUACUGGGCCACGCCCUUCACCAAGAUCUGCAUCGGGUUUAAGGUCGGGGACACCCUUAAGUCCACGAUGAUCCCCUACACGGCUUCGUCACUCUAUGACGUCAUCGCUGACGACACCUACAGAGUGACCACUCCGAUCGGGAAGACCGCUUGGAGGGCACUAAUCGCGGGCUCGUCUAUGCAGGCAAACUGUAACCAAGAAGGGUUUAAUUCGGGCGGUAGAGUGCGGGUAGGAUUUGUUAGUAACGGUUUAGACGACUGUGGAUCUAUUGAUAGCAUGGUGGGUAUUGGGGGAAGUUCUUGGCUUAGCAUUAGUGUUGGGAAUAGCUGUAAAAUUCAAUGUGACAAUGGUGUCAUCACUAUUCAAGCUAUAGGGUAUCUUUUCCUUCAGUAAAUCCUACCUCAACUAUGGUUCAUAACUAGCAGCCGUUGCUUAGUAGGGGAUUUAUCCCCCACCGCUAAGUAUUUAGUAUACUAAGUAUUAGUAAUAGAAUUCUAGUAGGAUAUCACAUUGCACAACAAACACAUAUCACAGCUAGAGGGGGAAAUGGGUUAGAUGCCCUUGCAGUUGUUCUGUCCUCUUUCACGCAAUGCUCUUGAGCCCAGUUGCUGAGCUCAAGCACAUUUCGCGACAAAGAACAGGGUGAUAGCGUAGGAAAAAAUGUCAAGACCAGGCUGCAGUUAUUGACGUAUCCAUCUAAUUAAAUGUAAGGCUGAAAUGCGUGAAACCACUUUCUUUAGCCCGUAGUUCCUAGUGGGUAGCAAACUGAGCAAUAAAAAGGAACGAACUAGUGUAGUGUAAUUUCUUUGUUGUUUUUGUUGUUGUGUUGAAUAAAAUUCUCGAGGAACAGA